AGCAGUCUCAUGGUCGUUAAAAUAAAGAACGAAGCUGUAAUCAUCAGUAAUCUGAAACUUCACAGAUCCAAACAAAGCAAAUUCUGAAAAUACAGGAACCAAGAUGAGAACCUUUAUUCUUCUUACUCUGUUAGCCCUUAUUGCUUGUACCUAUGGUGCAGGUAGUUAUAGUGGGUAUGGCGGUGGUGGAGGAGGAUACGGAGGAUAUUGGGGCGGUGGUGGAGAAAAUGGCGGCAAUUCAGGAGGAAACGUCGACGGUGGAGGAUACGGAGGAUAUUGGGGCGGUGGAGGAGGAAAUGGUGGCGGUGGUGGAGGAAAUGGCGGCGAUGCAGAAGGAAAUGGUGGAGGUGAUGGAGGAAAUAGCGGUAUUGCAGGAGGAAACGGCGGCGGUGGAGGAGGAUACGGAGGUUAUUGGGGCGGUGGAGGAGCAAACGGCGGAGGUGGAGGAGGAUACGGAGGUUAUUGGGGCGGUGGAAGAGGAAAUGGCGGAGGUGGUGGAGGAAAAUAUAACGACAAUGCAGGUGGAAAUGGCGGAGGCGGUGGAAGAAAUAACAAUAAUGCAGGGGGAAAUGGCGGAAGCGGUGGAAGAAAUAACGACAAUGCAAGGGGAAAUGACGGAGGCGGUGGAAGAAAUAACGACAAUGCAGGGGGAAAUGACGGAGGUGGUGGGAGAAAUAACGACAAUGCAGGGGGAAAUGGCGGAGGUGGUGGACGAAAUAACGACAAUGCAGGGAGAAAUGGCGGAGGCGGUGGAAGAAAUAACGACAUUACAGGGGAACAUGGCGAAGGUGGUGGAAGAGAAAACGACAAUGUAGGGGGAAAUAGCGGAGGCGGUGGAAGAAAUAACGACAAUGCAAGGGGAAAUGACGGAGGUGGUGGAAGAAAUAACGACAAUACAGGAGGCAACGGCGGCGGUGGAGGAGGAAACAGAGGAUAUGGUGGUGGUGGAGGAGGAUACGGAGGAUAUUGGGGUGGUGGAGGAGGAAAUGGCGGCGUUGGAGGAGAAAAUGGCCGUGGUCUACGAGGAAAUGGCGGAGGUGGUGGAAUAGUUUGAUAUGGUGACGUAGAUUAUAUCAGACAAUGAUAUAUAGAUACAGGAUACUCAAAUCUCCGAAACACAAAUGUGUAUUCAAACGACAAACUCUAAAUCGCCAGGGGUGAUGUAUGGGUGAAGUAAACGACAGACGUUUCCAAUAUUGUAGCAUGUGUUAGCAUUUCUUUUCAUCAGUAUCGUAAAAUAAUGAUCGUAGGAUUUCUUUCUUCUAAUAAUUGUAACUUUUGCAAAGUAUAAGUGUUGUUUAUUCAGACGGGAUGGUGUCUUCCAUGAGAUGUGGCAGUCGAUUCCAUUAUAAGGUCAAAGGUCAUACCUAAUUUGGUCUGUCUUCUAUAUCAGGGAUUAGUUUCUCAGAUUACAAUGGCAGGCUGUCAGCUUCUCACUUUUGAUUUGGUUGUUGAAUACAAAGGACGUUUACUCAAGUUUGUCAAGUUCAUAAUCAUAAAGCACAGUAGUAUCCAGGAUCACAUAGAAUGUGUUAGGGGCGUCACUUGGCAUUCGUCGUCCCCUAUAUGUGCUUACAUGUCACAUGUAGGUCUCAAGUCAUCACUAGACAUCCGUCUAUCAAUAUUACUUAAGCUGUCAUUUUCAUCAAGGACGAAAGUAUAAAUCUAUUCAGACAACUAAUCUGUUUAUUUUGUAUCUGCCUAUAUCCUACUUAUGCACUACAUUCUAAUAUAUUUAAAUUAC